UGCUAUGCAAAUGAGCUGACGCUUGUUUCGUAUCAUGAAAUGACUUGUGUGGAUUUUUUUAACCUUCAAAAUAGACUAGAAAAUAUGUUGUGAUUAGCAGUAGAGAGCUCCUUCUUCCAUCUUUCUGGGAAAAAGGUCAUCAUUUGGAAGGGAGAAAUGACCAAACCACCCUUCGUGAAUUGCUGUAUGGAUCGAUAAAAUAAAUUCGGGUGCUGCAUUUCACAUGGAGGAAGGCAUUUACAGCAAACCUGACAUGGAGUUGUUGGAGUGGGAACUUGGCUUGACUAACAACGAUUUACGAGCUCAUGCUUGGUAUCACGGAAAUAUGCCAAGGAAUCUAGCGGAAAUAUUGUUGGAAGAGGAUGGUGAAUUUUUGGUGCGAGAUUCUAGCACUUUUGCCAGGUCCGGGGACUACGUCCUUAGCACAAAAUGGAAUGGAACCGUUCUGCAUUUUCUUAUCCACAAGGAAGUUCUUCAACCAAACACUAUCUAUGAACAACUUGGAUAUCGUUUCGAGAACGAGAGCUUUACUACCGUACAAGAUUUAAUCACAUAUUAUGUUGGAAAUCGUGAGCCAAUUUCACACCGUUCUGGAGCUAUCAUCAGUCAACCAAGGACAAGAGUUGUUCCAAUCUCAAGGAAAGAUAGGAUUAAUCUACCUGAAUCCCUGGAUUAUGCAGAGUAUGCAUCUAUCGCUCAAGAAGCUGCUAGACAAGUUCUUCCUGUUGAAGCUCUGCUAAUUGAAAAAUCAUUCGUUCCGGAAGGAAUGUAUAAUAAUGUGGCAUUGAAUUUGAAACCUCCACAAAAUCUGCUUGAAGAUCUUCAACAUGUUCCAGACAAAAUUAAAAAUCUCGACGAAUAUCUGAAAUGCGUCUCACUUCAGCCACCUUCGAGUAAUGUCGCUCUCGGAAGUAGUAACUUUGAUCUGACCACUUUCUCCAGCAUAUUGCUCCCUAUGAAUAUGGAAGAGGUCACGAUGAAUCCCAAUGUGAUUGAGCAAAUCAACUCGAGAAUUUUGGAAGUGUCGGACCGAGUGAUGGCAAUAACAAUAACGUCCCUGGAUAUGAAAAUUUUGAAACAGGAGCUACUUCAAGAAGAUGAUAACGAGGACGAAUCACCUGCUUCUUCUGAGCUGGAUCCCAGUACUACAACAGCAAACAAGAGAAUAUUGAAAAGAAUUUCUGAACAUGUUUUAAGUGAAACAGAAUUCCGAUGGAAUCACGUCAUUGAAAGAUCCCUUACGUUUUCUCAUUUCGUAGCGGUGACUGUGCUCGGUGCACAAGUGCGAGAAGAUAUGAUCUCCAAGUGGGUCGGAAUUGCUCAAGAACUGAAAAUUUCAAUGGGAAAUUUCUUUUCAUUAUUUGCCAUCAUGAGAGGGCUCACUUGCACGAAACUCAGUUCGAUGGAUGGUCCAGUGGAUUGGAUGAAGUUGAGACGAAACUAUACAAACUCUGCCUUUUUAUUUGAGACUUCCUUGAGAAACACAUAUCACAAACUAUUACAAGGGACAGAGUCAUAUCCACCGAAUACAAUAAUUCCAAACCUUUUGACAAUUAGUUUGAUUUUUGAGGGGAAUACAGAUCUGUUGCCGUCAUUCAAUUGCUGUUCAGAAGAAGACAAGCUCAAGAUGACGGUUGCACAUUUGAAACAAUUUUACACAUUUUCGUGUUUUGAAGACACCUAUAAUCGUAACUGGGAAAGAGUGCAGAAUGAGAGCAAUAUUGCCCCAGAUAUAAUUUUGACUGAUAUAUGUCGUACUGAAACUCAACUUCUGAUUUUGUGGGGCAUUAAAUACAAUUCUAGUUCAUUACUAGAACGAUGCAAAGAGUUUGAUAGUGCUUUUGUAUAAAAUAUAAAUCAUGGUGACAUUGUUUUCCAUUAAAUAAGCAUAUAUCUGCAUUAUAAAAUAAACAAUGGGAACGGUGUAAAAUGGUAUAAUUUUAUUAACGGAACCAACAUGUUGAUACACAAGCAGCAAUAAACAUAUAACAUCAAUACAAUGAAUAGUUAUCUAUUUUGUUGACCAGAAAUAAUCACUACUGUUGUACACAGUUAAAGUUAUACGUGUAUGUACAUAUGCACAUAUAUGUGUAAAAUAAUAAUACUACAAGUUUUGUAACAAUUAA